AUGGGUAACUUUGAAAACACCUGUUUAUCAAGAGAAAAUUCAAUCAAAAUUUCAGACAACAAAGACAGACCUUCUUAAUUUUAGAGAUAGCAUGCAUCAGAAAAAACAAGAAAUUCUUUUCUUCAUUCAAUCUCAAUAUAAGUAGUUCAAUACUAUUCUAAAAUGUAUGAUAACAAUUUUGAUCCUUUUUCUGCUACUCUCACUGCAUAAAUUAUUGAAUUAUCUAAGCAUAACAAUUGUUUGGAUUUGAGCCUAUGUAGAUAUCUAUUAGUUAGUCAACACUACAAUUUUGAGAAAAUCAAUUUGUUAAUUAGAGAAAAUUAGGAAUUCAGAUAAAGUAUAAGACCAAUAGAGUAUGAACCUUUGAGACAAGCAAUAUAAAUAAUUGGGAUUGACUUUAAAAAAGGAUUAGUUCUGUGUGUAAAACUUGAUAAAAUCAACACAGAGUAUGUUUAAUAAUAUUUCUUAUAUUUCCUAGAGUAUUUGUUUUAUGAAAUUGCAACAAAUAAUAAGUUAAAUAAUCAUAUUGUUAUUGUUUAUGACUUAUAGUAAGAAUCAGCCAACCCUAUUUUUCUCAAUUUUAUUGCCAACUUAACAUACAAACAUUAUUUUUUAAAUGUAAGAAAACUCAUUUUAAUAAACAUAAGUUUGGAAAAAAUUUCUUCUGAAGUUAUAGGUAUGUUAAGUUAAGGUUCAUACUCCUAUUUGAUUUUACCCUUAUCUGAUAUAUCAUAUCUGCAAAGGUACGUCAAGAAAUCAGAACUAUCGAAAGACUAUGGAGGGAUGUUUCAAAAGAAAAGAAACCCUAUCCCCCUAAAUUAUAACUAAGCUGUUCAUUACAAACUUUGA